GGCACAAAAGGAGCGAUGGGACCGAUCAGAGUGGCUAUUUCAAUACUAAUACUCCAAAAACAAGUUGCAUUUAUAAUGAGCUCCAGACCCACACUUGUGGCCUUGAGGGAAGGUGACAGUGUGGACUUUACAUGUAAAUAUUAUCCUGUUGCUCAGAACAACUCCAAGUUCUUCUGCAAGGCCAAGCCAGCGUGUGAAUCCUACCUGAUCCGCACGAACCCACCAGAGCGCUGGGUGACGAAUGGACGAUUCUCCCUCCAUGACAACACCACUGCUGACCAGUUUGUGGUGCACAUGGACAGUCUGGACCCUGACGACAGCGGCACCUACUGGUGUGUUGCCAAAAUGCCAGACAACCCUGACUUAAUUACGGUGUUUCAUCUCAACGUUACAGAAACUUCAAACACAAAAACUGUACACACUGUGACCCGCCCGAGCCCUGGUUUGCCCUCACGCCCCAACAUCUUUGUGGACAAGCGUAACCUGCCCAUGUUUGUGACAGUGGUGUCCUGUCUCUCUGCGCUGGUCUUUGUCUUACUGUUCACUCUCUGCCUCAUUUUCACUGUCAGAAAGAGAAGACACAGCCAACAGAUUGCACGAGAGAUGUCAGAGGACUAUGAGGUUAUGAAGUCUGGAGUUUUGCCAGAGCCCUGCAUCUGCCCAGACUGUGAGACAUUUUCAAACGAUCCACAGAAUCCACCACCAGGGGACAGUCUCUGCACCAACCAGAGGCAGUCCAAACAGACUGAGUCCAUGGCACCGGAGCCUCUCACACAAGAGAAGGGACUGGGUCGCUUUAGUCAGUACCAGGACCUGGAUCUGAGCUCAGUGGAGGAACACAUCUAUCAUGGUAUCAACUUCAAACUAGCGCAAAUGUGAGAGACUCAUAAGAGAGGAAUGAGCAAAAGUUUUACCAUCCAUAGAGUUCACGUGACAAACUCAUUUCCACAUCAAUUAACAAUUCAACACCAAAUAUUCUAUUGUUUGAAUGUCUACAA